UAUUAAUAUGAUAAUAUUGGGAAGAACUUAAACCAAACAAAUGUGGGAAGAACUCAGAAACACCAAGAUAAACCUCUUCGGAAUCGAACAUAUGCUCACUCAAAUCAAGAUUCAAGGUGCUCAAAAUUUCAAAACAAUCUCCCAAUUCCUGCAUCACUGUUCUCAAACAAAGAAUCUCAGAAUAGUCCAAGAAUUCUACGCGCAUGUAAUUAGAGCAGAGUUAUUCUUCAUUUCCCCUAAUCUUCAAACUGACCUAGUUCUGACUUACACAUCAUGCAUCGGCAAGAACAACCAUAAGAUUCUAACCCACUUGUUGAAAUCCCUCAAUCUCAGAAACCCGCUGCCAUUUAAUUCGAUUGUAUCUCAUUUCUCUCAACAUGGGUCUGACUGUUAUGCUCUGCACACGUUUUCUUUCAUGCAUCGCAACAGCGUUUAUGUUGAUUCCUACGCUUUGUGCACCUCUCUCAAGUCAGCUUCCUGCCUGAAAAAAGAUGUUUUUGGUAAACUGAUGCAUGCUUAUGUGGAGAAAUCCGGGUGGUUCGCUAGUGUGUUUGUGGGCAGUGCUUUGGUCGAUUUUUACGCGAAACUGUGGAGCAUGAGUGAUGCAGCAAUGGUGUUCGAUGAAAUUCCUGAGAAGAAUACUGUGUGCGCGAAUGCGCUAUUGUCGGGCUACGCGGAAGCUAAGAUGUGGGGAGAAGGGAUUGAGUUGGUGAGGAGGAUGCACCUUUUGCGUUUGGAAACAGACAAUUUUACUUUGUCUGCUGCUCUACGCGCAUGUAGUGGCUUGUGUGCUGUAGAAUUGGGCAAGGAGGUUCACGCGAGUGUUGUACGUCGCAUCAUAGAUGUUGGAGCUGAUGUGUUUCUGCAGAGUUUGCUGAUUGAGAUGUAUGGAAAGUGUGGUCUAGUGAAUAGUGCAAAGAAAGUGUUUAGCAUGGCGGGGUACGUGGUAGGGAAGAGGCGAAGAGACGUUGUUCUGUGGACUUCGAUAUUAGGAGUGUAUGGAAGGACUGGGGAUUAUAGUGAAGUGAUUAGGUUGUUUAGGGAUAUGCUAAUGGAAGGGAUAAGGCCUGAUGGAGUGGCAUUCUUGACGGUUAUCUCUGCUUGCAGCCACACCGGCCAAGUGGAUCUUGGUAUGGAGUAUUUUGAGUCCAUGACUCGAGACUAUGGGUUGAAUGCAAGCCGAGAGCAUUAUAGUUGUCUCGUUGACCUGCUUUGUCGGGCGGGAGAGUUGGAGAGGGCUUGGAGAAUAGUCAGUGAGCUGCCACAUACUGCGGAUUGCACUAUAUCAAUGUGGGGCACGCUUCUUAGUGCGUGUAAUGAGUGUGGAAAUGUCAGUUUGGGGAAGUUGGCUGCUCAGAAAGCUUUUGAACUGGAGCCUACUAAUGUUGGAAUUUAUGUUUUGCUAUCUAAUAUGUAUGCUAGGAAUGGCAUGUGGGAUGAGAUUGAACAAUUGAGGGAGUUGAUGAAAAGAAGAGGACUGAAGAAGGAUAUUGCAUGGAGUUCAAUAGAUAGAUAAAAGGGCGCAGAGUACCCUGGUGCCUGUUUUCAUGUUCUAUACUAUUUACAUCAUACGAGGGGCAAAUUUGAUAGCGUUGAUAAUUCACAGAGUUGGUUGCAAGUUGAGGAAUGAGGGACAAGGGAUGGGAUUGAUCAGAUAUCACAAGAUCAAAAGAGAAUGAACCCUUUGCCAAAGAGUUUUUGUGGCUAGUGGUUGCAGAUUGAAAAGAAACAAGAUCUUAUUCCUCUCAAAGCUAUUCCACUGCUCAACAUUCCAAGGAACAUCUUCAUCGGAUUAUAUUAACUUCACGAGUACAUAGCAGAGGCCGUCAUGGACUUUUUGAACAAGAUAAUGAAUGUAGACCUGAUGUCCGAGAAGUGAUUGCAAGUCGUACUGUUGAUACGUGUUGGCAUGUGCUCGAGUUUCUUAAUGGAUAGGCUUAUUGGGUUUGGACAUACCAGGUAUGAAAUACUUAUCCUUAAUCCUCUUUUUGUAUGAUUCUGGGUGGUCCUAUGCUUUAAUCUCUGCGCAUUCCCCUGUUUCUAAUUACCUGCUGCGAUACAUUUGUAGUUAUAUUAAUUAUUUCGAAAGCAUGGGUUAGAGAUAUAGGCUUUAUGUGCUUCAGGUCUUAUGUCUUGAAACUUUGGUGAGCUGUUUCCUGGCCCAGUUAUGCUAAAACGACCCGUGAAAGGGCCCGUUUGAGCCUGUGUAUUUAUGAUGUCAUUCAAAUAUAUACCCGAUUCCUUUUCUUUUCGAUUACGGCCUAAUCAAGACUCAUGGCUUGCCGAAAGGUCAUAUAUUUUACUUUUGAUUGUUGCUUUCAUCACUUGCAAACCUAUAGCCCUCUGUCUGUUUUUAAUCUGGAUACAUUUUUCAUUUUUGGCCGUACAAAAUUGUUUCCUAUGUCGUAUUUUUACAGCAAUAACUGCCCUGAUUAUUCCAUGUUCCUAUCUCACAUUUUUCAAAAAAUAAUUGUAGCAUUAGUUGGAAGAAGUUAAGGUGACUGUUUCUAGUAGUUGGGAAUGAUAUGUGAUGGGCAAGAGUAACAUGGGCUUCAUGUGCUAUACGGAAUGUUAUGUCACCGUCAACUUCAAUUACACACCACAAACUUUUUUUUGAAAAUUCUGAGAGAUUGCUUUAUUUCGUAUUGCACUCGUUUAACUAUAUCGAGAAUAAUAUGUAUGACUACCCUAUAAUAUAGUGACUAAGAAUCUUGUGGUAUUACAUGACAUAAAAUAUUUUUCUUGCCACUUUCGAUAUCAAAUGUCAAUACUAACCACUCUUGCCAAAAAGGACUUGCCUUAUCUUAAAAUAUUGCAUGCAUUAUUCAUAGACAUGCGGAUGUAUUCGUCUUCAUAUUGUUCCGGUUAAUCUUGGUAGUAAUUGGCCUUCCUUCUAGUUCAUUUAUUAAUGCUAGAUAGCACAUAUAUAUAUAUAGGUUGAUACAUAAUGAUUGGGAUUUGAUGUAAUAUAGUAAUAUGAAAUAUUGGAUUUCCACGUUGAUAGUAUUUUAUUUGGUGUAGUGUUUUUAAGAUUGAUGGGAAUGGGACCAUAUUGUUUGAUGAAGUAAUUAAGUUUACAUUAUUAGUAUUGUUAAUCCAAUCUGAAUUGAAGAACACGUGAUAAGGUGUGUUGGUCCUUUUUGGGGUGCCAUCCCCUUUUCCACUAUGUUAUGACUCAAAAGUUGUUAAAUGAAAUUUGUAACGCAAAUAAUAUUAAACAGUAUGUUUUGAGUUUUGAUGAAUUUGAAAUGGUAAGUAAAAAUGAAUGUGGUAGGUGUGUGAGUACGUAAAACAAAAGGGGACGACAGAUGGUAGCAACAGAAGAAGAUGAUAUCACUAAAUCUAUGUGGAUUUGAUCUCAGCCUUGGAACAUGCAUCUUAUAUGAGUUGGGAGUGGUGGAGCUUUCUACUGCCCUUUUCAGAUUUUCCAUUUAAGGACCACAUGGGAAGAUAGGCCUGCCUCAAUUUUGUCCCAACAUCCGACUUUGCAUUCUCUUCCUUAUUAUUCACACCCACUAUUUUCUAAGCUUAUCAACUCCAAUACAUUAUAAGAUGUAGUUUUUCAAGUACUUAAUUGUAAGUUGUCAAUAUGUUUGAGCUUAUAAACUAGAAAGAGAAAUUUUGUGUUUGAGAGAUGAACUUGAAAGGGAGCAUGAUGAAAAACAAUAAACUAUAAUUGAAUGAUAUUUAUAAAAUUAUUGUUGCAUAUAAGAUUACAAACAAAUAAGUUGGGGUAGAGGAAUUUUUUUUAUGGAGAUCAUAAACUCUUCGAGUUAAUUUUUACAAUUUGUAAGUUAUUUAGUAAUUUAUUUUAUUAAACACUUUGAAAUAGCUUAUAAGCUCAUCCAAACACUCUUUUAAUAGUUGAUGAUACAUUAACAGCAGUACGGGUAAGUUUGUGGUUAUCUCCACUUCUACUUAACUAUGCACUAUAGUAAUUGCGAUAUUAUUUCCACUUCUUUUUUUUUUUUUUUUGAGCUACAGAUUCAUCCACACAAAUCCUUCAGCUGACUUGAACUCUUGAUUUAUUGGUUGGAGGGGCAUCGUCUUAUUAAUUGAAUUGCGCUUCGUCAUCAUUAUAAUCAAAUGUGGAUGUAGGAUUUUUUUUAGGAGGGUGUACUGCUGUGUGAUUGAGCGACACUUUCAUGAAUGAGAGAAUCGUGAAAGAGGAAAUGUCAUUAUGAUAUUUUUAUAUUGAGUUUCUCUAUUUUAUAGGCCUGUUGAGUCAUUUUAUUAACAUUUUUAAAUUUUAAUGUAGUUUUUCUUAAAAA